UUUUUUUAUGGACAUAAAUUCACUAUUAUAACUGAUUAUCAGACUAUGUUAGGAAUUUUUUCAAAAAAUAAGCCUACUAAAGAAAUUUUGUCUCCUCGUAUGCUGAGAUGGUCUUUAGUACUUAAUGCAUAUGAUUAUACUCUAAUUCAUAGACCAGGAAAAAAAAUUCAAAAUGCAGAUUCUUUAAGUAGACUUCCAAAAGAGACUGAUAAAUUUGAGGUUCCUGCUUCUUUUAGAGGUAUUGUUUACCGAGGAUUUACAAGAUCCUCCACUUCAGACAGCAGAGAUUGCAAAAUUAGCAUUGCGCGAUCCAAUUUUGUCAAGAGUACUAAAUUGGGUUCUAGAGGAUGGCCAAAUGAAAAACCGGAUAAAAAAUUUCAGACUUUUUUCUCGAAACGUAACGAACUUUCUACCCAUCGAAAUUGCCUAUUAUGGGGUAAUAGAGUAGCUAUUCCAGUGUUGGGACAAUCACGUGUUCUCCAGGCUCUACAUCUGGGACAUCCAGAAAUUGAAAGAAUGAAAGCUCUCUCACGUUCAUACGUGUGGUGGCUAGACAGGGACUAUGACAUAGAAGUGCGCGUUCAAAGAUGCCAGGAAUGUCAACAGACGCGUCAUGCCCCUCCGAAUGCUCCAGUGCAUCCUUGAAAGAUUCCGGAGAAACCUUGGUCCCGUCUUCAUAUAGAUUUCGCUGGUCCGUUUCAGGAACAAGAAUUCUUCAUCCUUGUAGAUGCCAUGUCGAAGUGGAUCGAAGUUCGUCAUAUGACUUCUACGUCUACUUCUGCAACAGUCGACGUCGUACGUGAAAUCUUUGCUACCCAUGGGAUACCUGAAGUCAUCGUUUCCGAUAACGGAGGCCAGUUUCGAGCAUCGGAGUACCAGACUUUCUUAGAGAGGAAUCUCGUCAGAAGGGUUAUGAUCGCACCAAGACGUCCGUCCGGAAAUGGUCAAGCUGAAAGAACAGUCCAGAGCGUGAAAGAUUCCCUGAGACGUAUAGAAGGGAAAUUGCAAGAAACGUCUAGCCCAGUUCCUUCUUCAACAACAUUGCACUCCCGCCACAACAAUAAGUGCUAGUCCUGCAGAACUGUUAAUGGGGAGGAAGCUGAGAACCGUCUUAGUAGACUCUAUCCAGAUCUGGCGGCAGAGAGGAAGUUGAGACAGGAGCAAGAUGCGUAUAGAAAAAAAUGGCGAUUUUCUUCCAAGAUCGUUCAGUGCCGACGAUCCAGUCUUUGUGAGGAGCUAUGGACAGGGUCCAAAGUGGUUUUCAGCAACGGUAAUUAAACCCACGGAUCCAGAUUCUUACCAAGCUGUGACAACAGGAGGCGAGAUAGUUAAACGUCACGUAGAUCAAAUGUGGAAGCGUAUUCCUGAUCGGUUGACUAUUCCGUUUGAUCCUAGUGUAGCAUCUCCACCAGCACCGAGUUUUGAGACUGAAGUACCAUCUUCCAUUCCUGCUAGUGCGGAUUCUCAGAGUGCAGUGGUUGAGCCUACAAUACCAAAACAAGAGUCUUUAGUUCCAGAACAGACUUCAAGAACUUUGAGGCCCAGACAUAGCAUCGUUAGGCCAAGCAGGUUCAAGGACUUUGUUCUAUCUUAGGACAAAGAGAUGUUGUGAUGACAGCCGACGUCACCUUCUGUCAUCACUACGCGUCAAUGACGACAGCCUGCAGUCUCUGAACAGCGGUGCUGCCUUACCUUUCCAGAGAGUAUAUAAACACGUUACAAAUAGAUUUUCAUUCGCUAAUCUUUGUUACUUGCUCCUAGCAUGCUAUUUGUUAUGUUUUGUUAGUUUAUUAAAUAUAUAUUUUUAGU